AUGGUGCGAACACCUCGCCUCUAUGACUUCGUAAACGAUCCAUGUAUUCUUGUUUUCGAGGACUUCAGCGGAUCCAUGACUUUGCAAAAUUUCUUCAACGACCGGCCUGAAGGAUACAAUGCGGCCAUUGCAACCGCGAUUGGCAAUUCCCUUGUCGAGUGGCCGUCGUGGUUCCAUACUGAAUCACAAUUUGCAACAACCGAAGAAUUGGCGAUGACUGUCAAGAUGAACAGCAAUGCCAUAUGA